GACAGCAAAACACAGAUAACUGCUGUUAUACCACAUUGUUAAACUGUUAAACUUAUUUCGUUGUCAAUACCUGCUUUGAGUAACAAUGUUGUAUUUGUUGUUCGUUGUUAUGGUAGCCGGAAAUGCACUUGCUGCUGAUACAGACAGUUUAUCUCGACUCACAUCGCGCUUCAAGUUGCUGGAAAAUAGAGUUCAGGAUUUAGAACACCAAGUUGCUAGUCAGCAACAUGAAAUAAUUGACCAGAAAGCAUCACUUGCCGAAAAGUCAAGAGAAAUAACAGAACUUCUAGAGCUGCUGAAAGAAAAAGACACAUUAAAGAAAACAAAUCGGCGAAUGAGUGAUAUACCUGAACAAAAUGUACCAGCUCAGUUACUCAGAAGGUUUGUGCUCGACAAAGAUGACGUGGCAUUUUAUGCAAGGCUUGAUGAAACCGAACUGACUGGAGUAUCGUUAAACCAAACCAUACUGUUUGACAACGUCGUUCUAAAUGCCGGUAACGCAUACAACAUUAACAGCGGCCAGUUCAUAACGCCGGUUGAUGGGUUCUAUUUGCUGUCCGUAGCUGUGACGAGCGAUCUCGGUCAUAACCAUCAACUCCAGGUUGCAUUGAUGAAAAAUGACGUCAUCUUGGCCCGUGCGCAUGCUCAUGGCGACUCUGGGCAUCUAGAUCAGGGCGGAAUUACGAUAGUUGUCGGUUUGUCUGCUGGUGAUAAAGUGUUUGUUAAGUCCACGUACCAGGAUGUCACUGAUUUCUAUGGAGGAGGACUCACGACUUUCUCUGGUUUUCACAUCAUGUUCAAGUAGAAAAUCAACUCCUAUAUAAAAUAAAUUCUAAAAUACA